AAGAGACGCCCAUUUAACAAAGUCUAUAGUCACUUUUACAAACUAUAGAAUAAAUAUCUAUCAUUUCUACGAAAGUGCAUUUGCUACCGAUUAUCAAUCGUAUUUACUACUAGCAGUCUCUACUACGUGUUCAACGUAGUCUAAUAUAGCGUCGCAAUCGUGUUUAGGUGUACUUUUCUAAGUUUUAGUGAUAGCUGCAGAUGUAGUCUUGUUAGCUUGUUUGGGCACUGUAGCUAGAUUAGCUGGUCCGCCUCCCGAGUUUCACCAGGAUGGUAACCACAUGUACUUUCCCGGGUUGUAAGAGCACCACCAAGCUGCUGUCUUUCCCCACCGACCCUGUGCGGGCUCUCCGGUGGCUGCAGAUCCUCGGCCUGCCGGAGGACUCUCGGACCUCCAGGCUGAAAGUCUGCACGCUCCACUUCUCCCCGGACAGCUUCACCAACUACACCCAGGCUCGGAUGGGCUUUGCCGUCCGGCUGCACCUGGCCGAGGACGCGCUUCCAACCCCCCCGGAAGGUCGCCUGUCCAAAGUACUUAAAGAUGUGGGUUGCCAGACUGAGGUGAGGACCACGGAUGCUUUUUGUCGAGCAGAGCCAUGUGUAAACCACGUCAAGUGCCAGACCGCUCUGGUCGGAAAGCAUAAUGUCUCAACGCAAGCCAACAGGAAGCCCAUCAAAAGGAGCAAAGCUAUACAGGCCAGGGCCCCGCACAGGAAUGUCGAAUGUGACACAUCUACACUUUUUCCUCUUAAUUUUGUAAAUGCAAACGGCACACCGGUCAAGAGGUUUAGAUAUGACCCAUGCUCUUUUCCUGGUGGAGAUUCAAGUGGCUAUUAUGACAAUGAGAGCACCGCCGAGGCUGACAGGCCAGAGUCAUAUCAGGAGCCUCUUGAGUCUGAGCCAGAGGAGCCCUCCGUAGACUCGGUGUCAGAAGAGGAAUCUGUGGAAUCAGAAACAGAGACUGUGACUGUAAAGAUAGAGCCAGAAGAAUAUGAGGAGCCUCUGAGCUGAAAGCUUGAGCCUGAAGACCUGUCUGUAGAGCCUGAUAGACGACAGGAGAUGGGGACGAUGCAUCAGUCAGGCUAGUUACAGCCAAAAGAAUCUCAAAACCAGUUCCAGCUGUUUAUUGCUGUGUUGUUCAAUGGAAACGCUCCUUUCAAGGCUCUCUGUUUCUCGUAACGCAGAGAGCAGGCAUUUGCAGUAAGGAAGUGUUCUUAUACACAAAGAACUGAGCCCCAUAUCAUCAAGAGAACUGAGACAUGAGAGGCCGCAGGGACACGUAUGUCACACUUCAGACUGCAUACGUACUCAUGUAAUUGUUACAGUAAUUUUGAUGUCCUCAUUACAACCAUGAAAUAAUACAAUAAUGUGUGUAUAUAAUACAUAUGUUUAUUUAAAGUAAAUGUAAUCUUCCACUAUUGCCUAUAUUCAGCUUUAGGAAUGUAUUUUAAGGGCCGUUUUUGUUUUGGAACUUACAAAAUAAUAAUAAUAACAAUAAUAACAAUAAUAAUAACUAUUACAUACGCAACUGUCUCUGGUGCUGAAACAAACUUGUAAUUAAUACUGACUUAUA